AUGGAACGGCGGCAGCAGCGGCGCAAGUGCAAGAAGGCCGGAGGCACGGAGACGCCGGCCACGAGUGUCCACGACGUCCCUGACGACAUGCUCAGGCUGAUCCUCCUCCUUCUCCAGUCCCCGCUAUGCCUCGUCCGCGCAGCCUACACAUGCAGACGAUGGCGCGGCAUCGUCGCGGCGGACGGCGGUGCCGUCCUCCGUCUGGCCCGCUCGCUGCACCCGCCCUUCGUCGUCGGCCACUACCACCACCGAGGAAGUAGCCCCAUAAUGUUCGUCCCCUCGUCACUGCCGGCGCCCAUCGACUGCCGGCGCUUCUCCCUCGACUUCCUCCCGUUAGGCGCCUCGAGCUGGGACGUGAUCGACUGCCAUGGCGGUCUCGUCCUUCUCCUGGAGCGUGGCUGCCCGCUGCCGAAGCUGCUCGUCUGCAACCCGCUGACACGUCGUCACCGAGGGAUGAGAUACAAGCCGCCGACAGAGCACGCCGGAUGCGCCGUCGCCGACGCGUUUCUCCUCGACAACGACGACGGCGGCAACAUCUCCAUGUUGAAUUUCACGGUGGUCUACAGAUUGAAGAACUCAGGUCCCGGGGCCUGCGUGUUCGCCACGUCCAGCGGCGGCCACGGCGUGCGCUUCGUAUGUGCAUCGGCGAACGAUCUAGACGCGGACUGCCGGGGGCAGGUCGCUGGCCGGGUCGACGGAUGCCUCUACUUGGGGUUGACGACUGGCAGCAUGAUAGUUCUUGACAAGGCCACCUUGAAUUUCUCCCAAGUUGAUCUGCCCAGUCGAGUUGAUCCGUCCAAGAAAGAUUACCACGCGAGCUUUCGCAUCGUCCAUGGCGUCUGCCCCGACUCGUCCUCGCCGCCCAUGGCGCGGAUCGUCCACGCCAACGGUGAGGAGAUCGAGGUGUUUCGCUGGGUCCAUGGCACCGCCGAGUGGGUGCUGGAGCACAGCAUCCCCCGGUUGUCGGAGGUCGCCCGCGGGCUGCCGAGCUACCUGGCUGAGAGGCCCUUCCACUGGGCCGUGAAGGUGAUCGCCGAUGGUGUGGGGUUUGCCGUCCUGUCGGUGCUGGACUUCAGUAAGAGGAAAUGGCUAUUCACCGUCGAUGUGGACACUAUGGAGGUGCAGUUCAUCCCGGAAUCAACAUACCAUUUGUACCGGGGGACCAGGGCAACAUCAACCUACACACUGCCGGAAUUCAAGAUAAUGCUCGCAUAG